CUUCCUUCUCGUCGUCGUUGUCGCUCUCCUCCUCCUUUCGUUCUCCUUCUUAGAUGUCAGGGCGAUUGUAGCUCUUCUUCUCUGAUGGUGAAUCCACUAUCGGCCUUUCAGCCCUCCGGCGGCUCGUCCGUCCGCACCUCCUCUCCCGUCAGGCCGGGCCGCCCCGCGAUAGCGACCGUAUCUAGCGUCAACGCGUCAGCUACUCCCCAUCCAAUCCGCGUGCUCCUCGAGUCCCUCAACAGCGACGACGAGUUUGUCUUUCGCCUACAUAGUCUAUAUGAGCUUCAACGCAAUAUUGUCGAGUCGCCCGAGGCGAAAGACGUCUUCAGGCUCUCAGGCGGUUUCGAAACGGUCUUCGACUGCCUAAAAUCGAUUUCCAUCACCGAAGACGACCACGACUUUUCUGAGCCGGUCGAGCUGCUAAAAUGUGUUUUCAACAUCUUCUCAGAUGCUCUACUGAACUCUCCCGUCAGUCAGCGCUAUUUCAACGAGAAAAUUGGCGUUGCUAGACUCAAAGAGGUCGUCAUGAGUACGAAGUUGAUCCAGCACAGCUCCAGACAGGUUCUCGGCAUUCUCUUCGCCUUCGCAAUCUCCGACUUUUCCCUCUCUGCCAUCUUUGUCUCCCUUUCUCGCGGCAUAUUGACACUUCCCGACAAUUCUUCCCCGACCGAUAUCCUGCAGCUCCUAGACGACCGCGUGGGUAACUCCUUUUCACGCGAAAUCAUACGAAAUCCCUCGAUCAUCUCUUUCAUCCUCGACGUCACUCUGGAGCUACCGCAGACUGAAGUGUACACAGCAGUUGCCUCCGUUAUCAGUCUCACCACACUCGCCAACGCUUCAACACACAACAAAGUCUCGAUAUACAAUACCGGCAUCAUGGACAUUAUCUUACCGAUGAUGUGGAACGACCACUCUCUCGACUCAAUAGUUCACAACGAAAUCAAGCUCCUUAUAAAUUCUCUUAUGGAGUUUGGAGUUGAGACUGCUACCGCCAAAGGGUUCUUUCGUCAGUCGCUACAGUCUGAAGAAGCUGCUCAACUACUUCUUUCUGGAAUCAGAUCCUCUCGGGAGCCGGCUCACAUCGUCUUCGAUUUAUCGCUUCUUGGAUUCUCAACAGUUGAAAUCAACUCUCUUGGAAAGGCUUUCCCACCAGUAUCCUCGGGCUACACAUUCACCUCUUGGUUCAAGAUCGAUCAGUACGACAACUCUAAUCACACAACCUUGUUUGGAGUCUUCGACAACUCUCAGCGUUGCUUCACCCUGGUAUACAUAGAAAAAGAGACUAGACGACUGAUCCUGCAGACUUCCAUCACAUCAUCUCGGGGCUCAGUGCGAUUCAAAAAUUUCACUUUCAACCCCGGUCAGUGGUACUUCAUCUCCAUCCUGCACAAGAAGUCACGCGUCAGCUCUAUCUCAAAAGCAUCUCUAUAUGUCAACGGCGAAUUUAUCGAAUCAGUCAAGUGUCCUUAUCCUUCUUCACCACCAAACGACGGAGCCGCUCAAGCGUUCAUCGGUACACCUUCUGAUCUGUCUGCCGGCCCCGGACGGAACUCAGUCCAUUCUAUUUGGCGGUUGUCGUCGCUGCAUAUAUUUGAGGACAUGCUUUCGGAAGAUGUUCUGGCUGUUCACUAUCGGCUAGGUCCAAGGUAUUACGGAAAUUAUCAGGACGCUCUGGCGAGCUUUCAAACCUACGAGGCCUCGGCAGCUCUCACUCUACGAAAUGAGAGCUUAAACUCGGGAAGGGAGGAAAGCAGCGAUAUCAUCAACGCAAUUCGCGGGAGAGCAGCAAAUCUUCUUCCGGAAAAUAAGGUGUUGCUCAGUGUGCAUGGAAAGAACGUCCUAGAUCCGCAAACAUUACAGCACGAUCAUGGUUUCAAACAGUGCCCCAAAAAUAUUCUGCAUCUGAGCAGGAACCAUCUCAUUGUUUUCAACGCUGCCGUCCCCGAUAUAAAUAUCGCCUUCACUUUGCAUAACGGUUUUGGCAUCGGAUCCGGAGGCCCUGUUCCAGCGAUCCCAAACAGCUUAGAUGAUGCUGUUUGGAGGAUAGGUGGAUCGGCGUUCGGAUUGAAGAUGGUUGAACUGGCGAAAACCCCAGACCAGUUAUGUCGGGCUCUUUCAAUUACAUUUGAGUUGCUGCGGGAAAAUUGGAGAAACUCCGAUGAUAUGGAGCGUGUUCAUGGCUUUGCGAUUCUUGCAAAUCUUAUCAAAAUGAAGAAUCAGCCGGAGUUGAUCAACAAAAAUUUACUCGAUAUCAUUUUGGACUUUGUGGGAUAUGACUUCGAGGAUCCAAAAAACUCAAUGCUGAUCAACCCGCUUGCAUAUCGGAUUCUGAUCGUUGAUUUCGAUAUCUGGAAGAUCGCAGACAUUGAGACACUGAAAGCAUACUUUGCCCAGUUUGCCGUUUUCGGACUUCAAAGCAAGUUUCACGGUUACAACUCGAAACGGUUAACUAGAAUGAGAAUUGUCAAAAAGUUUCUACAGUCCCUGAAGUCGGGCUCGUUCACAAAAAAGUCUCUCGACUUUUUCAUACCUGCAUUCAAAUCCAUCAUCAUGACACAUGUUUCUGCGGAAGUCAUGCGAUCACUCUCCCUUUUCAUAACAUACGCCUUUAAUAAUGAUCCUCCAGCUUCGCUGCGCAAAUAUUACGCUAUAGAAGACGAAAAGUUGGCGAGCUGCGGUCUUAAGCGAUCGGAAAUUGGCUUCCUCGUUCUUGAUACAUUCACAGAAGUGCUUUGCAAAGACAGCACCAGUGCAACAAUUAAGAGAUUUGCGCGUACGGUGACCAACAAAUGGGUUCUGUUUCUAUUAGCACAAGAUGAUCGGAGAGCGGUUAUUGCUGGAGCUAAGAUAUUGGCCCGGCUGCUAAUCGUGCAUGGAUCGAGUUAUGUCACAAAGUUCUCAACGAAAACUGGAGGAUUUGUCAUAAUGAAAGAGCGCUUGAAAAUCAGAUGGAAUAUCCCGGAGCUUUGGCCCAUCUGCUUGGCAAUUCUUUUUGGAGUUGAUGUUGCCACUAUUGAGAUUCCAGAGUCUCUCAAUCUUUUUCAUCUGGUUGAAAUGUUCCGAAAAGGCGGAAAGGCUGCUGUUAUCUAUCCAGAAAUGUUCACAGUGAUUGGUGCGAUGCUGAAGGCUGGUACUCUAGCAAUUAUCACCGAAGACACUAAAAAGUAUGCCAUUGCGGAUGACGAAAACACACCUCUCAGUCCGACGCAAACUGUUCCCGAUACAACUCCAGUUUCCGAGAAGAAAGAGGAUUUUGGAAAGUAUCUGCAAGUCCUCACACAGUUCUUUAGUGAGAUGCAUGCGUCAUGUCCUGCUUUCCAAGACUUUUGUACGACAUCGAUAUUUGUUUCCGAGAUUCUCGGAAUUCUAUUUCCGGCUAUUUGCAGUACAGAAUCGGUCAAUCCGGAGAUUGAGCUACAGUACCGCGAUCAAGGAUUCACCCUAGAUGCUGGUGAUAUAGUCUUGCGCCCAGUGGGCAAGACUGGAUUUCCGGCUCAGAUUAUGAAAACAAUAAGGGCACCCAGCCCUCAGAGAAAUGCUCCGUAUAUGGCUGGCCAACGACCACGAGCACCGUCCCUCAGACGCGGAUCGUCCUUUGUCUUGGUUUCCUCGGAGUUUGGCAGCGGAAACGACAACAACUCAAAUACUACAACACCGGCGCAACAACCCACUCAGAGUAAGCCAACUCUCACGUCUCUUCGUCUUAAUCAGAUGCGGGAGUUCAAAGUUGUGAAUCGAGUUGUUGAGGGGUUGCUGGAAAUGGUAGUUGCCGUUUUCGUUGAUCAAGUAUUAACCAGAAAGGACUUCUCUGAGCUCGCGAUCGCAAUCCUGAUACCUCCGACGUUUCAAGAGUACCAGAUUUACUUUGAGACGUACCUGUUUCGUAAUACUGUCGCUCAGCUAAGCACCACGAUAUCGUUGAACAUGCGAGUGAUUUGCGAAACUCGCACUUUGAUCAAUUUUGGUAAAUUCAUUUUACAGCUUGUCGAUUCAGUUUUCAAUGGCUGGUUUUUGGGUGGUGCGGAACCCCUUCUCGAACUCAUUGGGAUGGUUGUCGAGUACCUUCAACAGCCGAACGUCGAGCGCCUAAAAACUGUGCGAAUGGGUCAAAGCGUGAUCUCCAAUCUACGACUUGCUUUCAUGAGACUUGUCCUGUUUCGGUUGUCCGAGUUGGACGAUAUCCACGCCAAUUCUGAAACAGUGGUCAAAUUCCUCGAACGGAUGUUCUAUUGGCAAAAUGUACUACUAUCGCCGGCUGUGAACGAGGAUCAUUUGAUCAAACUGGUUUGCUAUCUGUUGUACAUCCAGUUGAUUGAUAGCAACGAAGAAGUUCGGAAUGCUGCCGCAAACAAUUGGCGAAUGGUUCUAGUGCAUAAACCAGUGGAAACCUCGUUGAUUCUCGAUCAAGUGAAAUCUCUUGAGAAUCGGCAGUUAUCCAAAGGUUUUAAGAAGCUGAUGGAAGUGGACAACAAAUCAUUUCUUGAAUGGAUGGAUCAGAAUCGUGAAGCACUCGACGAAUUCUUCCUGGAAGUGGUAUCGAAAGACUGGGAAGCGUUUGUGACGAACGAGAAUAAGAUUGCGGAUGACAGUACUCGCUUGCGGAAUCUCAAGAGACGUGAUCGCCUGCGGGCAUCGAUGGUUGACGAAAGUCAUAUGCGAUCCAUUUUUGCAGAGCACAAGAACUCCCUUCGAUAUUGGAGAUCUGCAAUUUACACAACUGAGCAUCUGAAGUUUAUGCGAAAUUUGCAAGAUCUGCAAGAUACGCUUACCUUUUUGUCCUCCGAAUACGCAAAGCUGGAGAUUGAUCUCACCAGACCGAACGGUAUCAUACCCGAUGGCAAAAAACAGAAAUGGAGACUUGAUCUUACUGAAGGCCGGGAUCGAAUGAGGAAGCGGAUGAUUCCUGAUACUCGUGGACAGAUAACCAAGUAUUUGCCCAAGGCUGAGGAAUCAAGUCAGGAUGAGUCGUCGAUUGUUGUUAGUGCCGUGGCAGCCGCGGCAGCAGUUGAAUCUGUUUCUGACGGUAUCUCUGAGUUAAGUGUCGCAGAUGAUGCUUUGACGAAGACAUCAACAGCCGGAUCUACAACUACUACAUCAAAAGCCUCGUCGAGUAACACAGAGUCGACAGCUGAAAAUGAGGAUGGGUUUGAGAUUGUGGAAGAUCCUCGUGGUCAAGAAGCAGAAGAUGAUACGUACGAAGACAAAAAUCGAAAAAUUCUGCGAAGUUUAGAGCAGAAUGAUACCGUUAUUGAUCUUUGGAACGUUUGCCGUAUCAUUGGGCUGAAGUCGGUGGAGGGAUUGCUCAUCCAAGGACGAAACAAUCUUUAUCUGAUUGAUAACUUCUUCCAGAGGCCGGACGGUGAGAUUGUGAAUCUUUGGGAGGCUCCAGCUCAAGAACGUGAUCAGUACCUGCAGACGAUCUAUGGCGAUGCCAAUCAUGACGAGUCCUCAUUGAGUAACCGCCAGCAUGACACUCGGCACUGGGCACUUGACGAUUUAGUUUCUGUGUCGCGCCGGCAAUUCCUGUUCCGCAAUGUUGCCUUGGAGUUUUUCUUUGCAGACGGUCGCAGUUUCUUGAUCACGACUAUCUCGGUCAAAGAGCGAGAUCAAAUCCAUAGCAAGUUGAUUGGAAAGGUGAACAACAGUGAUGACAACUCUGGUGCGGCAUUCUCUGAUGAGCUUUGGCGAUUGGCUCUGCAGCCUUCAUUACAGGGUGGAUUUGCAGGACAGCUUGGAAAGAUCGCCAACGUGUUUGCUGUUGGAAACGUGAAUCUCGCUACCAAGAGAUGGAUUCGUGGAGAGAUCUCAAACUUUUAUUAUCUCAUGCUGCUGAACACCAUGGCUGGUCGAACAUAUAACGAUCUCACACAGUAUCCGGUGUUUCCGUGGGUGAUUGCCGACUAUACUAGCGAAGAGCUGGAUUUGACGAAUCCGGCAACAUUCCGAGAUUUGUCAAAGCCAAUGGGUGCUCAGACUCCAGACCGGGAACGCGAGUUCAAGAACCGGUAUGCAUCGUUUGCGGAUCUUGAGGAUAAUCCCACGCCACCGUUUCACUAUGGAACCCAUUUCUCUUCUGCUAUGAUUGUAUCUUCAUACCUUAUCAGACUGGAGCCAUUUGUGCAAUCAUAUCUGCUGCUGCAAGGUGGCCAUUUCGACCACGCCGACCGGCUGUUCUAUUCUAUCCAAUUAGCUUGGGAGUCUGCUUCGCGGGAUAACAUGGCUGAUGUUCGCGAGCUGAUCCCGGAGUUCUUCUAUCUGCCUGAAUUUUUGGAAAAUUCGAAUGAGUUCAACUUUGGAACUUUGCAGGGAGGCCAAGAGAUUGGCAACGUGCAACUUCCACCUUGGGCUAAAGGGGAUCCGAAAAUCUUUAUUCAGAAGAAUCGGGAGGCGCUGGAGAGCCCAUAUGUAAGUCAACAUUUACAUGAAUGGAUUGACCUUAUAUUUGGGUUUAAGCAACGUGGCGAAGCGGCGGUCGAGGCAGUCAAUGUCUUCCAUCAUUUGAGUUAUCACGGAGCUAUCGAUCUUGACAAAAUUGAAGAUCAGUUGGAGCGGAAUGCUACAGUCGGUAUUAUUCACAACUUUGGUCAAACACCACAUCAAGUGUUCACGCGACCGCAUCCGCCUCGGGAGGUGCUUCGGCAAGCAAAGUUUGAGGUGGACAAGGAUGAUAUAGACUCAUUGUUACAGAUGCUGAACUCUGUGAACGAGAUCAAGAAGUUUGACAGUGUUCUGUCGCCGUUUAAAGCCGAGCGAGACCGAACUCUUGCUCAAAUGAAUCCACUAUUUUGUGCUUUCAUUCCUCCGUCUUACGAUCGAAUGGUUGAAUGGGGAUUCUGCGACGAUGGCGUGCGAUUUAAGCUGAUUGAGAAUGGAAAGCUCAUUGGUCACGCUGAGAAUCUGCAUCAAAUGCAUCUGACGUGUGUGAGGAUAGCGGAUCCGCGAACGCUUGUCACUGCCGGAUAUGACUGCAUGAUCUGCGUCUGGAAGAUGCAGGGGAACAUGAAGUCUAUGGAGGUCCAGUUCAAGGCGUGCCUUCGUGGCCAUACCGCACCGAUCGUGUCACUUGCGAUCUCUAGGUCGUUCAGUGCCAUUGUUAGUGUGUCUGCGGAUGGUGUGGUGAUGGUGUGGGAUCUUAAUCGUCUACGCUUCGUGAGGCAGCUGGUGCAUGAAGUUCUUAUAAAGACUGUUGCAAUCAGCGACGAGACGGGCGAGAUCUUAACGUCGGACGGAAGCACGAUGUUUUUGUGGACUAUCAACGGAGAUCUGAUCAUGACUAAGGCUAUUCCGGAGGACAGACGGAUUGGACUGAAAUAAACAUAGGAAGAGCAGUUUGAGGUAGGAUAUUAUUAUAUAUAGAAUUAUAUUUGCAUCAUUAAAGGAAUGAACAUUUAUGUUAUUGUCACUGUGGGUAAAAUUAAAUGUGCG